GACACCACAUCCACAAUGGUGGAGUGGGUUAUGACAACAUUAUUUGAUAAUCCAGAGAUAAUGAAAAAGGUCCAAAAGGAAUUAGAUGAUAUUGUAGGAAUAAACAAUAUUGUUGAAGAGGUCCAUCUACCAAAGCUUAGCUAUUUGGAUGCAGUUGUGAAGGAGACAUUCAGUUUAUACCCUGCAUUACCACUUCUAGUCCCUAGGUGCCCAACUCAUACUACACAAGUUGGCGGAUACACAAUUCCUAAGGGCACUAGAGUCCUUCUGAAUAUGUAUGCAAUACAUAGAGACCCUCAACUUUGGGACAAUCCUUUGGAGUUUAGGCCUGAAAGGUUCCUUAACCAAACUUCUGUUUUAGAUUAUACAGGCAAUGAUUAUAGGUUUUUGCCAUUUGGAUCUGGAAGGAGAAUUUGUGCCGGCAUUCCCUUGGCGGAGAAAAUGCUUAUUUAUAUUUUGAGUUCACUGUUGCACUCCUUUGACUGGCAUCUUCCUAAAGGUGAAAAUCUUGACCUAUCUGAUAAAUUUGGGAUAGUCACUAAGAAAAAUGUUCCCUUGAUUGUUGUGCCAGCACAUAGGUUAUCUAAAUUUGAGCUUUACCAAUAAUCUUAUAGAAA